ACUAGGUAAAACUGCUAUAUUAUUUAGUCACAAUUAUUGACAUUUUAAGGACAUUUCUUCUUCUGGGGGGGGUUGGUUUUGGUAUGUUUCUGUAUUUGCAUGUAUGUUCAGAGUACACUUGUGUGUGUUCAUUUUUGUGGAGGCCAAAGAUGGAUCCUGAGUGUCUCCUUCCAAUGUGUCCUCUUUAGUGUUUGAAGCAAGGCCUCUCCUGGUCCAGAAGCUAUUGUAUGUGCUGAACGAAUGGAUGAAGACAUCAAACUUGCUCUGGAUUCUGUUACGGUUCUUCUUUCCUGUCUGUUCCUUCACAGUACCCCAGAACCCUUUAUAUCCGUCUGGGAAUAUAUUUGUGGUGAGUUUAGCUGUGGCAGACCUCGUGGUGGCUGUUUACCCUUAUCCCUUGGUGCUGACAUCUAUCCUUAACAACGGAUGGAAUCUGGGAUAUCUACACUGUCAAGUCAGCGCAUUUCUAAUGGGCUUGAGUGUCAUCGGCUCGAUAUUCAACAUCACGGGGAUCGCUAUGAACCGUUACUGCUACAUUUGCCACAGCCUCAAGUACGACAAAAUAUACAGUAACAAGAACUCGCUCUGCUACGUGUUCCUGAUAUGGAUGCUGACACUCAUCGCCAUCAUGCCCAACCUGCAAACCGGAACACUCCAGUACGAUCCCCGGAUCUACUCCUGUACCUUCACCCAGUCUGUCAGCUCAGCGUACACGAUAGCAGUGGUGGUUUUCCAUUUCAUCGUGCCUAUGAUUAUUGUCAUCUUCUGCUACUUAAGGAUAUGGGUCCUGGUCCUUCAGGUCAGACGGAGGGUGAAACCCGACAACAAGCCCAAACUGAAGCCCCAGGACUUCAGGAACUUUGUCACCAUGUUCGUAGUUUUUGUACUUUUUGCCAUUUGUUGGGCCCCACUCAACCUCAUAGGUCUUAUUGUGGCCUCAGACCCUGCCACCAUGGUCCCCAGGAUCCCAGAGUGGCUGUUCGUGGCUAGUUACUACCUGGCGUACUUCAACAGCUGCCUCAACGCAAUUAUAUACGGACUACUGAAUCAGAAUUUCAGAAAGGAAUACAAAAAGAUUAUUGUCUCGUUGUGCACAGCCAAGAUGUUCUUUGUGGAGAGUUCAAAUGAAGAAGCAGAUAAGAUUAAAUGUAAGCCCUCUCCACUAAUACCCAAUAAUAACUUAAUAAAGGUGGACUCUGUUUAAAAAGCCAGUGGUGCUAGCAGAUUAUCCACACUGGUUGGGGUCUUACUGCUCUCCUUGUUUGCUUUCUUUUGUCUAGAAAUCAGUCUAUCCAACUUGAAGCUCUUCAGGGUUGCCUCCAUAGUGUUGGAAAGGAUCUCCUGUCUGCCCCAUAAUCAGAUUGCUAGUAUCAAGGGGAAUGCUGAACAGGCACACCAUAUGUUAAAUGGACAACUUGUAUCAGCAGAGGAGGUCUGUGUGCAGACUCUCUCGUCUCUGGGGCAACCAGGUCUUGGGGGUUGCCCACAUUUAGGAUUACAAUAUACAGCAACAGACCAAACCUGAACAAAAUGUGGAAGGAACUCAAGACAAGAGGGACCAUGGGGACCUUCCUUUUAUUGUAAGCGAGUGAUACAGAGUGUUUAUUCUUACCUAUGGCUGAAUUAAAAUAGUCAAAAAACUUAACCUGUGGUGAACGUGGACAUAUUUCUUUUUAUUAGUCCCCUAAACAAUGCAGUGUAAUGAACUAAACAUUAUAUGCGACCCAGCAAUGCUUUAAAGUACUGUAUGUAUGAAGCUAUAUGUUCGUUAUAUGCAAAUACUGCCUCAUUUUUCUCUAUGUUAUUUGAGCAUCCUCAGGUUUUCAUAUACUUGGUGACAGGGAUCCUGGAACUAGUCCACAGCAGAGCCUGAGGGAUGACUAUAAUCUCUUUCUCCUCACAUCUUCAAAAAGUUUUCUAACCAGAAGGGGGAAAAAAAGAUUAGUGUGUUUUAUUUGUAAGUGAGUAAGUGAAGCAGAGCUGAAAAUUGAGGUAAAAGACUGUUACUAAAGAGCAGAAAGCUUAAAUGGAAUUUACAAAUGGCUCCACAGCAUAGCAAAAACCAGAGCCACCAGAGAGCACCACUGACUGGUGGGGUCACAGUGUUGGGUGGCUCCAUCUCUCAUCCACGUGUCUGACACUUGGAGCUGUUCUGCAUAUGCUGGCUGACCAAUAUCUACCAAACCACAAAAUUUUAUUCAGCUGUGAGUGUGAAGGCAAUGGCUAAGUAUGCUUUAUUCAACUUUAUUAGUUAUUUAGCCAAGUGUGGUUUCGUGUGGUACUUUGAACUUUGGUUGGUUGUCUGAAUCAUCUACAGGGUUCUUUGUUUGUUUGUUUGUUUUUUGAGACAGGGACAGGGUUUCUUUGUAUAG